GUAUCAUUGAACGGUGAGCGAUGGGGUGGGGAGGUUGCGAUGUUCUCCUCCUCCUGCAGUACUGGGAAUAGUCUUUGCUAUGAAUACUGUGCUGGCUGCUCUCAUCUCUCCCGCCUUCCCUCCUGAGACCACACACUGCAGCACAAUCAGCCCUGCUAUCUCAGGAGCAGAGGUGAAAAGGAUCAUUCUCUGCAAAGCAAAAACCAUUCUUAGAACCAAUGGCAUCCUCUCCCCGCAGCAUCCUUCCUGCAGCCUCUCUGAUGCUUUCUGUGUCUGCAGCCUUCCUCCCAGCCCAUUCCUGGUCCUCAUUAGCCUCACACUAAGACCCUCUGGGUUCUCCAUCUCCUGUGUUGCCUGUUUGUGUGUUAUACUUUGUGUGUUAUUUUUUCUGUUUGUUUCCUUGAUCUCACCCCUCUGGCGCAGACCUAUAAUCCAUUCAGGGAUAUGUAGCCCCUCUGGUCAAGAUGUUCCGGAGGAAGCUUUCGGACUGGUCUGACCUGGAUACCAGUUCCCUGGUAGACCUGGAGAAGGAUGCCUCGGAACUCCUGGGAGAAUCACCUGGCUGGGCUCCCAAUGGAAGGGCUGCGGCCCCCGAUUAUUAUGGAGCGGAGGAAGAUGAAGACGAAGAUGAUGAUGAAGAUCCGAUAUACAUCCCUGAUUCCGAGCUAUAUGGCCCCAACGAAAACGUCUUCAAGGACAGCAAGACAAAGAUUGAUUUUGUGCUGGUCUGGGAGGAGAAGCUCCAUUCAUCAAAGAAGAACUACCAAAAGGGAUCAGUCCGGGGACAGGAGCAAGACUCCAGGGAACAGCAGAGGAAAUCCAAGGUCCUAGGGCAGAAGGACAGAUACAGGAGACGCUUCCACCGCAAUCUUCUGAAAGCGGGGCUCCUGUGUGAGAAGGAGCAGAUGCUCAGUGAGAGGAAAGCUCUGCACUAUCUAAAACUGAGCGCCCCCUGGGAGGUCCUGGUGUAUUACGCCGAAGAGUUGAGCAUGAGAGCGCCACUCCAGGCUCUGCCAAACCCAGACACCAACUCGUCGGACAGGUUCCUUCAAAAUUUCUACAUCCCAAAUCCCAUGUACCACCACGUUCCAAACAAACCCCUGGAUUAUUACACCUGUGCCUUCCGCAAGUCCAAACUCCAGAGGUUCCUGGGCAACGAGUGUCACACAACCUUCUUCAGUAAUACUCAGCGCAGCCGUAUUGUUUAUGAGAUCCUGUCCUGCACAGCGUAUGGUAAGAGAAAGCACGCAGAGAUUGGCAUUGAGCGAAUGCUAAAGGACGGAAUAUACACAUCGGCAUUCCCACUGCAUGAGGGGCCUUAUGAAAUGCCAGAAUAUAACGUGCCCUCUGGAAGUCUUAAUCCUCGUCAGAUCCUUUUCCAGUACUGGGCUCGCUGGUCCCAAUGGUAUAAAUAUCAGCCUCUGGACCAUAUCCGUGAAUAUUUUGGGGAGAAGGUUGCAAUAUACUUUGCAUGGCUGGGAUUUUACACGACCUGGCUCCUUCCCGCUGCCGUUGUUGGAUCCGUGGUCUUUAUCUCCGGCCUUCUGACAAUGAAAAGCAACACAGUGGCGCAAGAGGUCUGUGAGAGUGGAAAUACUUAUCUGAUGUGCCCACUCUGUGACACAUGCAGCAACUGGCACAUCUCUGAAAUCUGUCCCAUGGCCAAGGUGGGGUAUUUGUUUGAUCACCCGGGGACAGUCUUCUUCAGCGUCUUCAUGUCCUUCUGGGCAGUAACAUUUCUGGAAUACUGGAAGAGGAAGAAUGCCACGUUGGCUCAUCACUGGGACUGUAUGGACUUCCAGGAAGAAGAGGAACGUCCUCGGCCUGAGUUUGCAGCUAUGGCUCCACAAAUGGAGCAAAAUCCAGUCACAGGAGUUAAGGAACCAUACUUCCCGAAACGUGAUCGCCUGUCCAGGAUCCUGACUGGCUCAAUGGUUAUUGUUAUUAUGCUCUGCGUGGUGAUGAUUUUCCUGGUAUCUGUGAUUAUGUAUCGUGGUAUUGUGAGCAUGAUGAUGUAUCACACCGGAAACAGUAUCCUCAUGACACAGGCUGGCAAUAUAGCGAAUAUCAGCAGUACAAUGGUAAACCUGGUGCUUAUCCUCUUGAUGAGUCAGGUGUACACGUCAUUAGCGGAAAAGCUCACGCGUUGGGAAAUGCAUCGCACGCAAUCCCUCCAUGAAGACGCUUUUACCUUUAAGGUUUUCAUCUUCCAGUUUGUGAAUUUCUACUCGUCCCCGUUCUAUGUGGCGUUCUUCAAAGGCAGGUUUGUGGGCUACCCUGGCCAGUAUGGCAAACUCCUGGGCAUGAGAAAUGAGGAUUGCGGUCCAGGGGGCUGUCUUAUUGAACUUGCUCAACAGCUCUUCAUAAUAAUGGUUGGAAAACAGAUUGUCAGCAACAUCCAGGAAUUCAUUAUCCCAAAAUUAAAAUCAUGGCACCAGAAGCGACAGUUGGCCAAAGUGCGAGGGACUCAGCUCUGCGAAGAGCCCAAACGCUGGGAGGAAGACUAUGAACUCAUUGAAUGCGAAGGACUCUUUGAAGAAUAUCUAGAAAUGGUUUUGCAGUUUGGAUUCAUCACCAUAUUCGUGGCUGCGUUCCCACUUGCACCUCUCUUUGCUCUGCUAAAUAAUUGGGUGGAGAUUCGCCUGGACGCCCAGAAAUUUGUGUGUGAAUAUCGUCGUCCAGUGGCGGAGCGGGCCCAGCAUAUCGGAGUCUGGUUUUUGCUGCUUGAAGCCUUGGCACAAGUUUCUGUAAUUGUAAAUGCCUUCCUCAUCGCUUUCACCUCUGACUUUCUCCCACGGCUCCUUUAUCAAUACGAAUAUAACAGCAACCUAGAUGGAUACCUCAACUUUACCCUGUCAUACUCUCCACAUAGCUAUGUGUCAGGAAACCACACCAUGUGCAGGUACAAAGCAUUCCGUGAUGAAAAUGGCAGCUACACUCUCUUUUACUGGAAGCUGCUCGCCAUUCGCCUGGGAUUCAUCAUUGCGUUCGAGCAUGUGGUGUUCUUCAGCCUGCACUGUAUAGAUUGGAUGGUUCCCGACAUCCCGGAGUCAGUGGAAAUCAAAGUAAAGAGAGAGAGGUACCUGGCUAAGCAAGCCCUGGCUGAUAACCAGGAUGUACUGCUGACGGUGAGUCCUGGUACAAGUUCCCCAGCAAGUAGUCUUUCACCCAGCGGCAUGAGUUUCUGAUGGAGUGACCCUGAAGGGCAGCAUUUGAAGCAUUUGGCCAAAGUCAGAAGAGAGGAUGGCGUAUGAUUUGCACAAAAGGCACUACUACCGCUCACUGGGGUCCAUGUUGUUCUGGGACCAUUGAUCUGAAGGACGGUGGAAUUUGCUCAACUAUUUAUUUAGCUUGGAUGAACUUGUAGAAUGUGUUCACGGUUGAAACUGUGUGCAUCCUAGUAUUGCCAUCAGCUAAAAUGGAACAAUAUUAUCAUGAAGCACAAAGUGAAAUGCAAACAUUUGGUUUAGAUAGCACAAUAGUUUGGUAUACGGUAACAGUGAGGAUACUGAACCAUUUAACAACAUAAAAUGAUAGGUGACCAUAUACUCAUUUAUUACAAGCACAAACACUAUUCACAUAACACUAUACCAACAUAAUAUAGAAAGGGCCAGGAAUGUCGUAUUGCACAAGUUUAUCUUUAAUAAAGCAUUUUAUUUUGCCAUUGUGUAGUUACCAUUUUGUGUCACAUCAAGGCCUCAACGCUAUAUUGUACUUUUAUUUUUAUAAAUAUUGUGGGAUUUAAUUACUAAACACCAGAUUGUUGUGAACUAAAAAAAAAAAAACAAAUGUCAAAAUUAGCAAACAAGUAGCCAAGUUGAAGAAUUUCGCAAUUCUGUUUUCAAUACUAAUUUCUGUUUAGUGAAUGUGUGCAAACUAUUUCCAGACAUGAUUAUCUCUAUGCUGCGUUCACGAAGACCUGCGUCAUUUAUUGUGUUGGCGGCCUGCCCACUGCGCAAGGCUGCCACAUAUUAAAAAAAACCUAAAACCUCCUAACACAAUAUAUCGUGCUGUGGGCAUAUUAUAGAGUAGAUGGCUGCCCUGCUCCUGUGUUGAUACCUGCUGCCUGCCCCAUCUUGUAUUUACAGAGAUUUUUUUAUGUGUUGCUGAAUGUCAGAACUGAGCAAACAGGUUCAAUUAUUGAAACCCGCUCCAGAUUACACAUAUUAAAACAAAAUUAUCACAUUAUUGGUAGAUUACAUAAAAUACCUCAUAAAUAUAAAUUUGCCAAAUUAACAUAUUUUUUUGUCUUCAAAAUUUAGAAAGCAGCCUAUUCUAAAUGUACAACACAAAUCCUAUUUUGUUCAGGGUUUUAGCUCUGCAUCUUCACUGCUAAAUCAUGGGAUGUAGUGCCUGAUGUCUAGUUGUCCAUAAAGGGUACAACCUGCCCAGUGUUUUCUAUAUCAUAGGGUGCAGUGUCCUGGGUCGGAAUGUACUCACUUGUAUAUUACUUUUUAUCCUGUUAAGUAUGUAUUUAGAUAUAUUCAUUCUUAUUUAAUAUGGAUUCUAAUUUGCAAUGAAUAUCUGUAUUUAUUUAGCUCUGAUUGGACUUAUUAUGUAAAGCAGAGCUGGAAGUUAAAGGACCACUCUAGUGCCAGGAAAGCAUACUCGUUUUCCUGGCACUAGAGUGCCCUGAGGGUGCCCCCACCCUCAGGGACCCCCUCCCGCCGGGCUCUGGAAAGGGGAAAAGAGGUAAAACUUACCUUUUUCCAGCGCUGGGCGGGGAGCUCUCCGCCUCCUCUCCGCCUCCGUUCCUCCCCGUCGGCUGAAUGCGCACGCUCGGCAAGAGCUGCGCGCGCAUUCAGCCGGUCACAUAGGAAAGCAUUCAUAAUGCUUUCCUAUGGACGCUUGCGUGCUC